UAUAUCGUUGAGUUGGUUCCAAUAGCUUACUUGGGUAGUCUUAAAUAAAAAUAUUAAAAAAUAUAUCAACAGUGAAAAACAGAACAAUAAAGUAGCUGACAACAGUAUAAAAAGAAGCUAUGGCAGAGGCUGUGAUCCAUUUUCAACAACAACAGAGAGACAUCAAUGAAAGAGCUCGAAUGCCACGAAACAUGGGGAUCAAGAAACAUGAGACCAUCGCCAGUCUAGUGGAACGAUUUAAUCGUCUAAAACUGACGCAACACACAGAGCCAGUAUACCAUAAAUUGCGGAAAGAUGAUGUCAUCAAACAACGUUCGCCUGUCUUGCAAAGUGACGUUGCCAAGAAACGGUCCCCUGUCAACGAAAUGCACAUGCGCAAUAAGGAAGAACGCUCCGAUAGUCAUUGCAAUGCUGACGAUGUAAAGUUACCGUCACCCAUUCAGGGCCGAAGGUCCAAAGUACAUAGCAAUAGAAAGACAAUCAAGAAAACGUCAACUCUGCAAAAUUCACCUUCGAGUGGUAGAAAAACUGUUUCUUUCAAGUCUCCAUUGUACGACGAAUGCGAAAUACCACGCUUAACAAGAGAAUUUACAUUUCUUAUACAGAGCCAUACUGUUGAAGAACACAAUUAUAGCAGUUACGGACAUUCGGGCGGCGAAAUAAUGAUUGACGCUAGUUCUGACCAUAAUGACCUAAAUUGUAAGGAAGAAAAAACUAAGUUUGUAGUUGAAGCUGAAGCAACCUUACAUUCACUGAUACGGACAAAGCAUUCUCGGGAUACUGUGUCAAUGUAUGCGACCAUUUCAAGUCACGAUCACAGUGCAGUCAAACAAAGUUCGCCUCAUGGUAAAACCAGCAAAAUAGACAAAAUAGACGCAACGCAGAACAAGUUUAUUGUUCCAAAUAAGAACCCGAAUAUUCACUUCUAAAAAGCGUGAACGGAUCUAAAAUGUUAUUACAUGCAUUCGUAAACUAUAUUUUUGACAAAAAUGUUAUUACAAUUUGUGUUCAUAA